AUGGUCUUCUUUGCUGCCUUGACGCCCCGUGCAGCUCCAACCUUUGGAAACUUCGUGACCUCCGGGGUUGCCUCCGGAAAGCAACCCAAAGGCAAACGUGUUCCGCCUUUGGUCUCUGAGUACAAGUCCAUCAUCACGGAGCGAACUUAUGGUAUCGCGUGGACCCCAGAAGAGUUCGUCAAACAGGCUCGCGGAGCUCUACACCCCAGGCGUAUCGAAAAUGGUGUGCCAAAGAUUUUAAAAGAGACCAUUGUGCGAUGCGCCCAGGAGUCACCUGCCGACCUUGCCAGGGAACGCACUGCUACGUUGAGGAGGUGGAUGCUUACCUCCGAGGAGGCGGCAUCCCGUGCAGAUCCCUCCGACAUGCCCGACCACUGUGCCGCAGUUCUUGGUAAGAAAUCUAUGAAGGUCUUCAAAUCGCUCUUGACUGAGGCCGAGUACCCGGACACAACCUUGACCAAGGAUGUUCGUGCAGCCACUCCCCUUGCCAGGAAGGCCAUCCUUGCCUCUACCAGAGAAGGUUUCGACCGCGAGGUGGCUGAAAGUGUUUACCAGCUUACGAAAGAUGAGCUUGCGAAAGGGUGGCUUAAAGGACCUUUUAAGGAAUCGGACAUCCCCCCGGAUGCCAUAGUCACUAGAAGGUUUGGGAUAGUGCAAUCCUCCACCGAUGCCAAGCUAGGGUCAAUCAAGAAGGUGAGACCAAUCGAUGAUUACACGGAAUCUCUUGCUAAUCUCACAAACAGUGCUAGCGAGACGAUCUGCCCUCACGGGGUGGACGUUGUGGUCGCAGCAUUGUGCCUUCGCAUCAGGUCGGCCCGGAAACUUGGCAAGCGCGAGCAACUUGUUCUUAGGACGAUAGACCUUAGAAAGGCCUAUAAGCAACUUCCUUUAAGCACUGAAGCUUUGUAUGAUUCUUUCAUAGCUGUGCUUAACCCUCACAGCAUGGAAAUUGAAAUAUACCAGACAGUUGUGCUGCCCUUCGGCAGCAAGCCGGCCGUUCAGGGAUUCUACAGAACUGCCUUCGGCCUUUGGUGGAUCGGAGUCCGGAGCCUGAUCCUGCCAUGGUCUCUGUAUUUUGACGAUUUCGUCUUACCCUGCUCGUCCGACGAGCAAAAACAUCUUGACUUAGUCCAGUCAACAUUUUUCAGGAUCGUUGCCUGGGAAACGUCCUCCGAAAAAGACAGUGGUUUUGAUGCAGUAGCCAAAGUCUUAGGAGUGCAAAUAUCCUUGGCUGAUUCUAAGAAUGGAUUGAUCUCAGUCCAGAACACCGAGGCCCGCAAACGCGAACUCUGCUCAUCCAUCGAUGAGGUCCUGACCCGAGGCUUUGUUGGCCAAAAUGAGCUUCUCUCUCUACGAGGGCGACUCCUGUUUGCCGAGAGUCAAAUCUUUGGACGAUCAGCUUCGCUUCACAUGCGCAACCUUUCGCACUUCUGUCAAAAGCACGGCAGACUUGUGGUUGGUGCUAGCUUAAGGGCCUCCUUGACUUUCUUGAGGGACCGUGUAGUUCUUGGCAAACCAAGGUGUGUAGACUCGAGUCUUCGACAAGUGUAUCACGUGUACACUGACGCUUCCUACGACGAUCAGGGGGGUGGCCUUGGUGGUUUGGUUUACGACUUUAAGGGUCUGUGCCUUGCCUGGUUUAGUGAAGUAGUCACCUCCAAGGACCUUGAGAUCAUCAACCCUGAUGGUAAACUUACCUUGAUCUACGAGCUAGAAACCCUUGCCGCGGUCUUGGGUGCCACCCUAAUCCCUAGCCUGCGCCACUGCGACAUUGUGCUCUUCGUUGACAACGAAGCUUCACUGGCGGCUCUCAUCCGAGGACAAUCCGAUUGCCCUUUCGUGCAGUCUCUUCUCUCCCGCCUCUUUCAGGCUGAAGAAGAGCGUGAUCUUGCGAUCUGGUUCGAGCGUGUUCGCAGUGAAAGCAAUCCUGCAGAUGCCCCUUCGCGGGGCGACCACAGUUUUCCCGCCUUUUCCAGGCGGCGCUUUAAUGUGCAAUCCUUGCUGACCGAUCUUUGCGGUUCUCUUCAAGGGGGGGCCUCGCAAGGUACCGAUCUGUCAGCUCCCACUGCGAGUUAA